GCAACAAAAAUGCAACGCAAUCUCAGGUGCUCUAGCGUGACUUCGCAAAAGGUAGGCUCCAGGCUGCUGCUUCGGCCUCCAUGCAUCGCGAAGGCGAUCUCAUCCCAGCCGAACGCUCCGACUCUGCAAGAGCGCGUCUACAAGGCUAAGGAUACGCAUCGCUACUCCAAAACUAGCGAAAGCUGGCACGGCUGUGUGGGCAACUGGUUCGUGGACGCGCACGACCCCGCAUCAGCGCAUGUGGUGCGGGGCUUGCGGUCCUUCAAGUGGAGGGACGCCAGUCGUACGGUUCUGGACCAAACAAACGUGUACGACAAACCACGUCCGGGGACCCUCCCACGCCCGUCAGAUGGCCUUUACCAGAAAGACUUUGUCUACGAUGGGCCCCAGUUCUCUCAUGAACGACUGGAGGCCCCCAUAAUCCCCUUCCCAAGCAGCAGUGCCGCCGCCAGCAGCAGCAGCGGAGCACUUCUGGUUCUGGACCCCGCCUCCCUCAUCAACGUGGGCAGCUUCAACCUGCCCCGAAUCGCCCUGGAGCCGCCUCCCAGCGCACCCACUGCAGCGGGAACAGCGACCGCAGCACCUCAGGGAGCGCCGCCGCCUGCCCUGACGCCUCCUGUCGCUGCUCCUGCCGCUGGAGGUGAUGGUGUGGCACAGCAAACGGCGCCGCCGGCGGCUGCAUCCCCAGCAGCGCCCGGGGGAACAGAUGCAACUGCUGCGGCAGCUGCUGCGGAUGCGGAUGCUGCGAAGGCGGCAGGCGGGGUGGGGGCGCGUGUGGCGGUGUCCUCCGGCUCCAGCAUGCAGUGGGGCGGGCUGCCGGUGGUUGGGGCGAGCCCGGUGUGGGGCAUGGAGGUGUUCCUGCUGGACGGGCCAUACCGCUGGAGCUUCGCCGUCCUGUACGACACCUCCGAUGGCGCCCUGCGUCGUCUGACACUCAUCCAGGAGACGGAGACCAUCGUCGACCCCGCCUCACGCGACGCGCUGUCAGCCGCAGUAAGCUCCGGGGCCGCGGUUGCUGGUGACUUCGCCGCCAGGGCUGUCCUGGACCACCCUCGGGAUACCUUGGAGGCGGGGGAUGCGGCGACGUGGGUUGACCCGGAGCGCUGGCAGGGCUUGCGAGUGGCUCGGAUUGGGAUGCGGGAAGGAAGCGGAGUGCAGGAGGAGCAGGGGCAGCAGGUGCUGGUGCUGCAGGAGGGGCUUCAGGAGCCAGUGGUGUGGGAGCCGAACAGUGUGCAAGUCUCUCCCUUUCGACUAACCCCGGACACACUCUGCUACCUUCCCUUCUCCAUCACCACCGCCCUUUUCGUGUAUGUACCCAGCUCUACAUCUGCGCUGCUGCUGCCGCUGCCCGACUCCAUGUACGCCCGACUGCCCGCGACACUUCGAGCGGUUGCGGAACCCGAGCCUGGCGGUGACAGCAAAGACGCAUUUGUGACGUUUGAGUUUGGUGGCCUCCUGCGCACUAACAGCAGCGGCAGCGGGGCCAGCGCCAGCGGUGGCGGUGGCGGUCUACAGCGGUUGGUGUUGCGGUACGACGGUAUGACAGGGGAGUUUGUUGACGUGGUACAUGAGGUGUUUGCCCCGCUGCGCAGCUAGGGUGGCCGCGAAGAGGGGAUGGCUGCGUUGGGCCCGUCUGGCGCGCCUCUGUGGAUAGGUUGGUAUACGGCGCAUGCCAGGUAGAUACUGCGGCGUGGCGUUCUCUUAGCUCAUGUUCCCCUUGUGUCGAGGACAUUGCCCCUCUAAUCCUAAUGUGUCGCGGCUGAGAGUGAGGGAUGCUAUUUAGGGUGUCCGCAUGCUUGUUGUAUGCUGUAUCUGUCCAUGCAUAGUUGGGUGUCCCCACACAGCCCAUACAUUAGUAUGGGCUGUGUGGGGACAGGGGCUACAGAGAAGAGGUAGGCGAGGGCCGGGGGAGACUGUGGAGGGUUAUGCACUGAAUCGCACAUACGGAACUGCGCAAGGAGUAAGCACCCCUGCUUGAGGGUUGAAACUAUUGGUCGUCAUAAGCCCAUGAAUACGGUAGACGGCAAGGGCGAGGAGACUAGCAAGGUUAUUAACGGUGGGGUCGUGUGUUUUUGCCUUGUGUCCGACAAACAACUGCACACGCAUGUGUCUACGACACAGCUCAACUGGUGGCC